AAUCCCCUGGUAUGGGGGGUCUCCGAGAAACCUAUUGAUUUCCCAGCCUUCUACUAUAAGACAGUCUACAGGCAUUGAUUUACGGGAGGCGAUAAUGGUCUCCCAAGGUUUCGAUUUUAUGGUCUCCCAGCGGAUUGUGGCCAGCCUCCAGAACACAGUAAUGGUCCCUUGGUUUUCUGGUUUUGUCCAGGAAUUUUAUAUAUUUUAAUUCCUUUAAUUAUUUGAGACUUUUUUGGUCUUUCUACUCUGACUAAUCAAUCUCUCUACUUUGUUUUUCAGAGAAAAGAGUAGAUUUUUUCAAAGACGUUUUCCAGUGUAUUUUCCUUGAAUUGUUAAUCUUCCCGGAGUCCUCUGUAUGUGAACCCUACCAUAUAAAAGGGGGUAAUCCUUUUUACCAUUCACUUUUGUGCUCUCUGUGGAUAACUUUACUCUUUGAAGCUUCUUCUGCAUACUUCCAGAUUUUUUCGGUCUUCAAGAAGCCAUUUUUGCGGUAUCACAGGAACAAUUUCCGGUCCUCCGGAGGACUUCACAGCGUCUUUGUGCUUGCGACAUCAGUCUCCGGCGGCGUGAUUUCAGUCUCCAGGAGAACUGUUUCGCUUUCCUGUAGUCGAUUCCUUCUUUCCCGAUUUUGAUUUUCUGGUUUCUCGGUGAGUUUACUCCUUUGAUUUUUCAUACCUGCCGUCGGUCGCUCGUUGGUUUUCCUGGAGUUUGAUCAUCCAGCUCUGCUUUUUUCCGUCAGUUUCUCAGUCAUUUCCGUUCUUCAGUUUCUCAGCGGUUUUCAUCGACGGUCUCCUUGAGGUGUUUGUUGUCAGCCUCUCGGAAGUUUAAAUUCAGUCCUCGGAAAACUUUUUGCCUCCGGGAAUUUGUUAGGUCAGUUUCCCGGAGAGAUAUUCCUUCGGAUCCGACUUCGUCGUUUGCCAUUUCCUCCUAUCUGUUCGAUGCUGCCGCGUCGAUCUGCCGCUGACUCCGCCGACGGUCUCCCACGGACCUCCCCGCCGUCGGUCUCCCGGUGCUUCAUAUUCGAUCUCCCGGAGCUUGAUCGUUGGUGACUCUUCUCAAAUCAUCUUUCCGGAGGUCGUAUUUGGUCACGGCAGUUGGUCUGCUGGAAAUUAAUUUUCGGGAUCCCGGUAGUUGCGUUUCACCGUUCUGUCUUCUGGAAAAGUUUUGUCUUCGAAUUUCCACUUUCCCUUGACGUUUGGGUCCUCCGGAAGGUAUUUUUCCAAGUCUUGUUCAAGUAGUCUUACUUCUUUUUUCUUAAGUCAUCAUGAAUGUCGCUAGAGAAGUCCCUCCUCCUCAACAAAAUAGAAUUUAUGGCAAAGCUUCUCGUUUGGGGAAAAGUGAUCUCGUGAGGAUUGCGUCGUCGUUUUCCUUUCCCCAAGAUUAUAAGAUGAGAUUGCCUUCUCAACGGGAGGGAUGUGCUGCCUUUGUUGAAGGAGGGUGGAUAGCUGUAUAUGAAGCUUCUUUGUCAGCAGGACUUAGAUUUCCAUUGUCCAGCUUUGGUGAAAAGUUUUUACGAGACUUCCAUCUUGCCCCUGCUCAAAUUCAUCCUAACGGAUGGUUAAUAUUAGUCGCCUUUUCUAUUUUGUGUCAACAAAGAGGGGUAAUGGCGUCCUCCGAACUUUUUAGUUGUUUUUAUAGCCUCAGAGGGGUAGACCAACGCGUUAAUUUUUACUCCUUCCAGCGAGUCUCUGGAGUAGAGAAGUUGUUUGUUGACUCUCCAAGUAAAGUUGAUAGCUUUGAAAGUAGGUGGUUUGCGCUAAUGCCAUCCAAUGAUUUCAUGGCUCCUCGUCAGUGGUGUUUGGAUCCUGAUCGUAAGAAACACGCCGUCAAAUACCCUCGUCCUAUGGCUAUCCGAGCUGAUUAUGAUGCUGCAAUUCAGAAACUAGUUGCUUUAGGUCCAAUUUUUAUUCGAGAUAUCAUGACACAGGAAAAUAUCGCUGCUGCGGGCUGGGGUGCCCCAUCAGGCAAUUUGGUUGGUCCUUAUGGCAUUUCUCAUGAUGCAUCUGUGAUUAGGUCUCCCAAUAAUGAUGAUGGUCCCGAUGAUGCUCAUCCUUUAAAAGAUGAGUGGAGGGAAGGAAGGACUGAAUUUCAAGAGGAGUCCCAUUCACACACAUCCACCCCCUAUAGGGAGCAAGUUUCUUCCAAGGAGAUGGGUCGAUUGGGUGAUGCAAUUAGGAGGAAGAAGAAAGCAAGUGCAAGCUCGAGAAGGCCUCAGCAAGCUGAAGGUGAGGGUCCUAGUAAGCGACCUCAACCUUCUCGAGAGAUAAUUGCUACUCUGCCUGUUUCCGAGGCUCCUUCUCAAGAGACCCUGCCUCUACUCUCUCCUCUCCCUUUGUUCCAGUUACCACACUCUUCUCCAGCUCCACCGACGGAUGUCUCAGGCUCCCCAAUGCCCCAUAUUGUUAAAUCUCACUGCCAUUCUGGUUCCCAAUGUUCCCAAGAUGUUGCGAUGAUCGAGGCCAACCCUUCUAGUUCGUCUCGUGAGCACCCUCGCGAGACUCAUGCUGAAUGUAACAUGUCGGGUUUGCCUUUUCGCAAGGAUCGUCGAGUACUUGCAUUGGAGGGCAAACAUACACCUAUCUUUCCUGAUGUCCCGCUAGUGCAGUCUCGUCCUGUUUGUCUAGAGGAUGGUCGACACUUGAGAGGUGACCACUUUCAGGUGUGUCCCGGUGUGAUUGAUACAGAUUCUGUGAGGGACCCUGGGAUAGGUGCUCGUCUCAUUUAUUCUACCAUUCUUCCUCCAGACGAGCAGGACAUGUUUGCACUUAAUUUUCCUGACUUUUUGGACAGUCCAGAACGUGAAGUAAUCCAUGGGGUGCAACGCAUGGUGGUAGCGAAUGCUCGAUGUCGAGCUUAUCACCAAUUUAUGGAGGAACGAAUGAACUACUGGCUUAAGGAACAAGAAAGAUGGGAUGAGCAAUCACAACACUUGGAUCAAUCUGUUCGUGAGGCCCGACAAGAGAGGGAGUCCCUUCGUGAGAUAUGUCAAGGGCUUCGCGAGCAACUUGCUCAGAUUGAGUCUACCUAUGCUGAUCGAGAUGUUGCUUAUGCCGAUCAAGUUAGCACCCUGGAGCAUGAGGUUGAGAUGCUUAACCAAGUUUGCUCUGCUCUUCGUUCAAAGACAGAUCAACAAUUUGCUUUGAGUCGGGCACGGGAGGAGGACCUUCAGAGGGAGCUCGAGGCUUCUCGACAACAACAGGAAAAAGAUAGUGCUCGGAUUAGGGCCAGGGCGGUUAGAGAGUAUCGUCUCUCUCGCGACUGUUUUGAGAGGAAAGAAGAAUAUGCUGGUGGUUUUGUGAAGCUUGGUUUUUAUUUGGCACGCUCUUUCCUCGAGUCGAAGAGGCCUGGUGAGUCCUUUGAUGAUUUGAUCUUUUCUUCUGAGGUUACUGAGAACGCAGAUUCUCUGGAUUGGCGUAAAUAUGAGCCAGGUGCUGAGAGCCCCAACACUUAUCUCACCUCUUCUUUAGUAGAUAAUUUGGAGAAUUUGACAGGUCCUUGGGAGCCGUAUGAAGGUGGUCCAGGGGCUCCAGAGCAGAUUGGUGCCCUCUCAGGUUUAGAUAUUAAUGUAACUGAUGACCCGACUCCUUUCUCUGUAGCCUUGGCUCUUUCUCCUCUUCCAGUUGCAGAUCCUUCCAACGAUACGAUUGAUCCCUGAGCCAUCUUUAUUCCUUUUUGGUUUUGUAUUGUGUUGUACAAAUACUUUUUCGCUGUAAUGAUUUCAUCAUUGUAGAACUUUCUUUUUGUAAUGAUUUUGUUGUUUGACGA